GUGCUGCAAAACGAUCCAACAUGAACGACAGCUGAUUUCUAUUGUGAUAAACAUUUUUUUACGUGAAUAUUCCCGCGAAGAACUAGGAGUUUAGCUUGUAGUUUUUUACUUUUUUUAAUGCGCACUGCAUGCAAGAAUGUCGCUGCAAACGGCGCUGGGCUGUAUUCUCACCGUAUUAGCUUCUAUUAGUAUUGUGGCUUCCAUUAUUUUGUUGGGCUGGUUAUUGAUCUGGAAGGCAUUUCUAUCCAAAUUUCGUCUUGUGCGUGAACUGCUGGGUCAGGAAGAGCCAGAAGAGCAGCAGCAAGUAGUUUGGGAACAGCAACAUCAGCACGGAAGAGCACGCAAGGCACGCCGCGAUUGAGUCGCCCAGUUCCAGU